AGGAGUUGGCCAUGUGGUGCAGCACCAUACAAGGUGCAAGCACUGUCUGUUCGUCUAUUAUGUUUCUAUUAUCGAAAAAUGAGUGAUACAUUAGAAAAUAUUAACCCUAAAUUAUACAAGAAAAUAGAUGAGAGACAAGUUACUGUGCAGGAUGAGGAUGAGGAAAUUGAAGAUGAAUUCGAUGCACGUGAGAUUUUUGAUCUUAUUAGGAACAUAAAUGAUCCUGAAUAUCCUCUAACAUUGGAAGAAUUAAAUGUGGUGGAGCAAAGUCUGAUUGAGAUUGAUAAUAAAGCAAAUAUAGUUCAUGUAAAGUUUACUCCAACAAUACCACAUUGUAGUAUGGCAACGUUAAUUGGUUUAUCAAUUCGGGUACAACUUCUAAGAGUUCUACCAUCUAGGUUUAAAGUUAGCGUAGAAAUUACACCAGGUACACAUAAGUCAGAAGCAGCAGUAAAUAAGCAGUUAGCUGACAAAGAAAGAGUAGCUGCUGCUCUUGAAAAUAAACAUCUACUGGAGGUAAUCAAUCAAUGUGUGGGAAUUAAAUGCCAGUGAUGUUAACAUUAUACAUAUUCUAAUUAAACAAUGAAUUUACCAUGUAAAAAGAUCUAUUGGAAACAUUUUUCAUAAUUAUUUAUUAUUAGAUUGUACAUUAUACAAUCAUUUAAAUUACAAAUAACUUUUACUUACACAAAUAGCAAUAAUUAUUUUUUUAUUGCUGCAACUCGUUUUACUGAUGUUUCCUUUGGUGGACCUGUCACAGGAUUAUAUUUAAAUGUUUUUUUCAAAGGA